GGCAAGCACGUAUCCGCUAGGCUUCGAAUUUGAGUACGCUGCAUGUGGUGUUCGGGACCAAUAUUGGAUCGCACCACGAUGGUUCCGAUGCCAGGUAACAAGAAGACGGCGGUGCCGCCAGCUGUCAACGACUUUAUAGUCUUGCCGCUGCAGUACCCGGCCACUCCAUCAUAUACGCAGACUGCAACGCAUCACCUCUACCUCCGCGCUAACGCACCGAAGGUGCCUACGGAUGACACACCGCGAGAAGUGUUUCUGGUCAAUGUACCUAUCGAUGCAACCGAGACGCACAUUCGCUCGCUGUUCGCCGACCAGUUAGGUGGUGCCAGGAUUGAGCGAGUAGACUUUGAAGGCGCAAGAGUGGGCAAAGGCAUCACUGCGCCUGUUGCGCCGUCACGCGGCAAGAAGCGCAAGCGAAGUCAAAUCGAAAACGGCGAGGAUGCAGGGAAGGAAGUUGGCCUGCUGCCUGAUGUUUGGGACAGAGAGCUACACCGUAGUGGCGGGACAGCAGUCGUGACGUUUGUGGACAAGGCCUCCGCCGACCUAGCACUAAGGGAGGCACGACGGGCAAUCAGGGAGAAGCGCAACAUCAUCUGGGGUGCAGGCAUAGAAGGCAAACUCCCUCCUUUAGGUUCUGCUCGUUACCUUGCGCACCACAAGCUCAGCUACCCGGACCACGCCACGCUUCAAAACAGCGUCGACGAGUUCAUGACAGCAUUCGCUGCCCAGGAAGCUGCAAAAGCCAAAGCGCUUGCUCGACAGCACUCUGUACCGGAUGCAGAUGGCUUUAUAACUGUGACGAGAGGGGCCAGAGUAGGCCUUGCACGGGAUGAAGAUGUCAAGAUGAAGGAAGAGGAUCUACGGAAGCGGGAGAAGAGUAAAGUCAACGAGGACUUCUAUCGCUUCCAAAAUCGAGAGAGACGGAAGGCGGAGGCAGGUAAGCUAGUGAAAGGGUUUGAGGAGGAUAGACGAAGGGUGGAGGAGAUGAGACGGCGGAGAGGGAAGAUACGCCCCGAUUAACCAUGUAGAAGUCUGCCUUCUGUCCAGUGACGCGAGAUGCAGAAACUCGAAGCGAUCGCGCGCUUCUCCAUUACCCUGUAACGGAGUCAU